CCUUUGCAGUGAAGUCUGGUUUCAAGAGGGGACCAGUUAUCUGAACGCAACGCUUAUGUGUGUUGUCUGCAGUGGUUCUUGUUUGGUAAUGUCAUGUUUCGUAACUACAAUCAUUUUUGAACAGGUGAACUACCUUUUAGAAGCAGCGGUGGUGACAUAAUAGCAGCAUGCUUCUCCCCUGCGUUCUCCGUGACUUCUCUCGGUGCUCUACACUGUCGAUGCACUGCAGCCGUGUGCUAAGACUACAACAAAAACUACAGCCCAGCGAGAGGGGUCUCCACACUCAGGCCCAGGAGUUCAUAGCGCGGCGCAUCGGUCUACGAUGGAAGCCGCAGACCAGGGGCAUCAAGAAUAGGAGUAACAAACGCGGGAGCCAGGAGGAUGAGUGGAAGAGCAAGAACAAGACAGUGCUGACGUACAUCGCCGCGGCCGGCGUGGGGAUGAUCGGGAUCUCGUAUGCAUCGGUGCCGCUCUACAGACUGUACUGCCAGGCCUCGGGGCUCGGCGGCACGGCCGUGGCGGGCCACGAUGCGGACCAGGUGGCCACGAUGACACCCGUGAAGGACCGCAUCAUCAAGAUCACCUUCAACGCCGAUACGCACGCCAGCAUGCAGUGGAACUUCCGUCCGCAGCAGUCCGAGAUCUACGUAGUCCCAGGAGAGACGGCUCUGGCCUUUUACAGGGCCAGGAACCCUACUGACAAACCCGUCAUCGGCAUCUCCACCUACAACGUAGUGCCCUUCGAUGCCGGACAGUACUUCAACAAAAUCCAGUGUUUCUGCUUCGAGGAGCAGCGGCUAAACCCAAAGGAGGAGGUGGACAUGCCCGUGUUCUUCUACAUCGACCCCGAGUUCGACGAGGACCCACGGAUGGCGCGCGUCGACACCAUCACCCUCUCCUACACCUUCUUCGAGGCCAAGGAGGGCCAGCCGCUGCCCCCCCUGCCCGGGUACAGCUACAAAUGACCUCCCGGCAGACCGCCGGCUCGGUGGAGAGACUCGAACUUUAAGACGUUUGGACAAACUGUCUCACUGGCAAUUUUUUUAUAUUUGCGAUUGUGUUGUGAUCAAAUCUGUAUAAUUAUAUAUAUACACAUAGGAGAUUACAUGAUUUUGCAUUCUUCAAUCAUCCAACGGAAUCACUGCCUGAUUUAAUGUAUUUAUUUUCCAAAAGUGUCAAUUGUAGGGAGAGAUGGUGGAAACUACAUGGAUACUUUGUUUGAUGCUGUGUCCUGACACUAAAUGUAAAGGGACGACUGGGGUCAUGCCACGAUGAUGGAAGUUGUGUGUUAACAGCUGUAAAAUGAGUAUGAAUGAUUGCCCUAUGUUUAGGAUAACAUUGUUUUAAAUGUGUAGUACCCUGAUCAACCAGCAGAGGACACACAGGUGAAAAUAUUGCAUAAUGCAGUACCUUGCCUGUGUUAUUGAAGUAGCAGUCGCGUCUCUAUUUAGGCUAAAAGGAAGAUAUAUCGUCGAUUUAUUUGACUCCUAGCAAAAAAAUAUUGAAAAUCACAAACAUCCUUGGCCCAUAGAAUCGGGCGAGAAUUUAUGACAAUUACUAUGCUAUUUAAUUAAUGACAUUUGAACCCUGAGGAGAAUAAUAAAGCAUCGGUUUCUCAA